GCUCUUUCUACAUGUUGAACCGAUGGAACUAACCACACAAAUAUAAUCUACAAAGCUAGAGUAUUCCAUAUAUUAUGCAUUAGUAAUUCUAAAAAGAAAUUCUACUAGAAAAUAGAGAUGGGAGAGAGGCAGAGAAAGCUUCAUGGUAUCAUGAUAUGCGUUCCUUACCAAGGACAUCUCAACCCAUUCGUGAAUCUAGCUCUCAAGCUUGCUUCCAAUGGCAUCGCCAUCACCUUCGUUCAUCUUGAAUUCCUUCACCGAAAGCUAUGCCAAACUCACCACGCCAACAAAACAGAUGUCGACUUGUUUAGUAAAGCUCGAGAGUCAGGGCUCGACAUACGUUUCACCACCAUGGCCGAUCCUUUUCCUCUUGAAUUCGACAGGGAUGCCAACUUCCACGAGUAUUGGGAGGGCAUGGUCCACGAUUUCCCACCUCUUGUCGAUGAAUUUGUGGGAAAAAUACUCGCUUCUGAUCGGGACAAUAUGCUCCAUUUCUUGGUGGCCGACACCGUCUACAACUGGCCUGCCGCCGUCGCCCGCAAAUACAACCUCGUCAGCGUUUCUCUGUGGACGCAAUCGGCCUUGGUGUAUUGCUUGGGAUAUCACUGGGAUCUUCUCCAACAAAACGGCCAUUUUCCAUGCAAAGUUUUUUUAUUUGGAGCAACAGAUGAGGUGGAGGAGGAAAUAAAGUACGUUCCAGGAGUUGAGUCGAUAAACACCAAGUAUAUAAUGCCCUAUCUAAAACAAUCAUUGUGUGAAAGCGUAGUUAGCAGAGCGUCGCGGUUGCUGUUUGAGCAGGGCAAGAUGGCUGAUUUUGUCCUGCAAAACACCGUGGAAGAGCUUGAGCUUCAAACCCUCUCAGCUCUCAAUCAAUACCUACCAAACUACGCCGUCGGCCCUCUCAACUUCUCUCAAAAUAUCCCAACCAACAUUGUCACCACAAGUCUCUGGUCCAAAUCAGACUGCACCACUUGGCUUGAAUCGAAACCUCCUGCUUCGGUGCUAUACGUCUCGUUUGGCAGCUUUGUUCACACCAAUAUGCAGGUGCUUGAGGAAUUGGCCUACGGACUCCUCCUCAGCCAAGUGAAUUUUGUGUGGGUGAUUCGACAAGGUAUUCUAGGCGAUGGGGCUACGGCCAGUGUGUUGCCGGCCGGGUUCCAAGAUGCGGUUAAAGAGAGAGGGCUUAUCAUCGGAUGGUGCGAUCAGGUUGAGACUCUCUUGAAUCCGGCCGUUGGAGGCUUCUUGACGCAUAGCGGAUGGAACUCCACUUUGGAGAGCAUGUGGUGUGGAGUUCCAAUGAUUUGUUAUCCUAUUGGAUUUGAUCAGCCUUGUAAUAGCAAACUGGUGGUUGCUGAUUGGAAGAUUGGGAUUCAUCUCUGUGAAGGUGGAUCUCUUGAUAGGGAAAAUGUGGCCCACAAGAUUCAGAGCUUUAUGAACGGAGGUGAUUUGGAGAGAUUGAAGCAGAAUGCAGAAAGAGUAAGGAGGAUUAUGAAGAGUGCAGUGGAAACUGAUGGAUCUUCCAAAACAAACUUCGACCGCUUUCUGAAGGAUUUGGAGGCAAAGAUUCAUUUCCAUAGCUGACAACCAAAUAUAUAUGAUGCAGAUUUCUCUUUUGGUGAUGUUUCUACACAAACUGAAAUUUGUUUGAAUCAAAAUCACACGCAUUGUAUGUAUCGACUUGCAUAUGAAUUAUAGUAUACAAUAUUGCAUUACUAUACAAAA